AUGGCCGAAAGUGGGAAGAAAGAAGCUAAGAAAAAUCCCAAAAAAGAUAAAGAUGCUGAUAAAAAAAAUUCUAAAGACAAACUCAACAAAGAGGAUGAAAAUAAAGAUAAGGAAAAAAAAGAAGAGGAUGACAUGAGUGGAGUGAUCCUUAAAGGGCUUGAACAAUUGAAUGAACUUGUGAAAACUAUUGAAGAGCAGGUUACUGAAUACAUCAAGAAGAAAGGUCCUUUAGAAAUGACGGAACAAUAUUGCACGGGACCGAUAACAAAUUGUGGGCCUUCAUGUUUGGUUACGACUUUCCAGCCUUGUUGUUGUCCUCCACCCUGCUGCAAACCCGUCCCAAGAGCCGCCCCAUGUGCUGGAAAUUACAGCACCCCUCCGAGGUGUCCUUGUUGCGGAACUAUCUGCUCACAGAAAUAG